AUGGAUUUCCGAGGCUCAGAAGCUAUGAGGAACGGAGCUGUGCAUGCGCAAUAUCAUGCGCCGCUUCUUCCCCCAGAAAUGAUAGAUGGAGAGUCUCAAAUGAGUACAAAUGGUCCGUGGACAUUUCAUGUGGACAAUACACAUGCUCUGCCACCAACCAAUCUAGGAACCCAGCCACCAGUCUUUCACGGUUCGGUCAGCAACAGCACUCACCAGAGUCGGGCACUCAACGAUAUCCUCACUCCACUACUACAACAUCAUGAUACCCCCAACUUUCGCGAAGUCAUCUCUACAUAUCUGAGGCUGCCUGCCAACCUCUGGCAACUAGUGAGCAAGAUCCGAGAAUCGAAUUUUGCUCAUGAAGUCCUUCGCGACAAUCUACCGCGGGAUAUGUGGAAUUUGAUGGUCAAGGUGCGGGAUGAUAUUCACUUCGAACAUCUGCAGCCACUUGUGGUCGCUACAUUCGCGGAGCAUGCAUCGUUCAUGGGAGCUGCUGCAACAACAUCUCAGAACCAUUCACGGUCUGGGUCUGGCGCAUCCUGGUAUGAGGGAGGAAACCCACAGAUGGGAAACGGUGCCAGCAGACCAGCACUCCAUCCCUCACAUGCGACAAGCCCCAGCCUGAGCGGAUUCCAGUUCUCAAGCCCGGCACAGCCAGAACACUCAAUGCAGACCCGGUCUGCGACUCCCAUUUCAUUGGUGUACCCCAGCAGUCGGAAUACCUCUCGAAGUCCCUGGCGUAAUAAAAAAGGAAAGGCUCCUGCAGGUCAGCUAUAUGUCUGUCCAUUGCCAAAUUGCACCAAGAAAGGCUUCAAAAACGUCGGCAACUAUAUCAACCAUAUGUUGCGACUGCACGCGGGAUACCCGCGACACGAUCCGGAGACGUCCUUGCAACCUGAGUCGUCACCGUCACUUGAUGCUGGCGAAGAAUUCGUUUCGCCGGCAGCAACGACCGCCAGCAGCUCACCUCUUCUUGCGCGACAUCUAUCACAAGAUUGGGGCAGCUUCGGUGACGUGCAUUCGAGUUUUGGGCAUGACGAUCCGAACCCAUCCACUAGUAACAUGAACGGCAGAACGAGCGAUGCGAAUCUCGAACAAUUCGACCUGCCGUCUUCAAUCGUCUCUGGCUCAGGAGAAGCCAGCAGGGAUCAGGACGACUUUGGUGAGAUGCACGAUCAGGCGAAUUCCGUCCAGGAAGAUUCGGAGCUCUUAGCAGAUGAGGACCCGGAGUACUCGUCUGCAGAUGCCGGAGGCUUGUCUUUCGGCAUGUUCCAGGCCACCAUUUUGAGCGCUAGACGCUCAAACCGCACAAGAGGGUCUUAUUAG